GAAGCCAGCGGGGGGGCAGCCCGACAGCCUGAUGUGCUCGGCGUGUCGGCAUGUCAGUGCCGAGACAUCGUCAUCGUCAUUGUGGCUGUCAGUGUGCAGAUAGCAGUGCAUGGGAUUUGUUUAACUCUAGCCAAUAUCUUUUGAUAAUACAAAAUAUAUAUACAUAUAUAGUCAUGUCUGGCACUCCGGCCAUGUCCACCUGGACCGCAAUGAAGACGCGCAUCACCGCCUCGGUGCGGACCACCAAUCGAAUGAAUGCGUUGCUCUCCGAGUCCAUGUUGAGUCGACGGCGAGCGCUGCAGAGUUCUGACCUGUACGAAGGCGGUGGAGCUGCCGGUGGAGGUGGCGAGGGCGGCGAGCGUAAGGAGAAGCCGAAAAAUGAUUGGAAAUUCUUUCACACCAAUUUCAAUAUGGAACGUGCCCAUAAAAUCAUCGAGGAUUGCAUUGAGGAGCGUCUGCUGUGGGAUCGAUUCAGUCGCAAUUUCGACUCUUGGCGCGCGCUGCAGCUGGUCGAGAGUCUCGCGGCCGAGAUACGGGAUCGGGUCAAGAAGCUAAACCACAGGCGCCAUCGCAUCGUGUGCCUGCUUUCGAUUGUGGAGAAACAGAAUCAGGGCAUCUUUCAGCGAAUGUGCCAUCUGAUGGAUGAGAAGCGGGAUAAUUUUACGCAACUGGUUUACGAGCGACCCACGUACUUCAUGAUUGUCGUCCUGUAUCUGGUCUAUCAGGACUAGAGGCCAGUGAAACUUCCUACACAAAAAAGCUCCUACACAAAAGCUUUAGCAUGUGCACCAACCAGUUGUGAACUAAAUUAAUUUAAGAACUGUUUCAUAGA